CUAAUCAGAUUAGUUUAAGUGAUUAAAGCUAUAUAAUAUUGUCUGUGUGAUCAUGUGAUUCUUCAAGCAGGGGAUAGAACUGCAGGGCCACAUCUAAAUCACCCCAUUGCUACAUUUGUCAAAGAGAUUUAGAGAUCAUGAGGCUGUUAAAAGUAGCUACAUGCAACUUGAACCAAUGGGCCAUGGAUUUUGAUGGUAACUUGAAGAACAUUAAAGAAUCAAUAGCUCAGGCUAAAGAAGCUGGUGCAGUAAUUAGACUUGGUCCUGAGCUUGAAAUCACUGGCUAUGGCUGUGAAGAUCACUUUCUUGAACUCGAUACUGUCACUCAUUCGUGGGAGUGCUUGAAAGAAAUUCUUGUUGGUGAUUGGAGUGAUGGAAUUCUAUGCAGCAUAGGAAUGCUACUGUUGAAUAAAUCAGAACUCUACAAUUGCCAAAUUUUUUGUAUGAAUAGGAAGAUUCUAAUGAUUAGACCAAAAAUGAGGCUCGCAAAUGGUGACAGUUCCAUAGAGUUCAGAUAUUUCAGACCAUGGGACCAGAAUGAUCAGCUAGUGGAUUUUCAGCUCCCACUUGAGAUUUCAGAAGCUAUAUCUCAAAAAUCAGCACCCUUUGGUUAUGGGUUUAUUCAAUUUCUAGACACAGCUGUUGCUGCUGAAGUUUGUAAAGAGCUUUUCACUCCGUUGACUCCUCAUGACGAUCUUGCGCUCAAUGGUGUUGAAAUUUUGCUGAAUGCAAGUGGAAGUAUUCACCAAGUAGGUAAGUCACUUGAUUUUCGUCUACCUGCUUUAACUGGGUCUACUCGUAGUCUUGGAGGAGUUUACAUGUACAGCAAUCAACGAGGCUGUGAUGGCGGUCGCCAAUAUUACGAUGGAUGGUCCUGUGUUGUUGUAAAUGGAGAAGUAGUAGCCUUAGGCUCACAGUUUUCUUUAAAGGAUGUUGAGGUUGUGGUUGCUCAAGUAGAUUUGGAUGCGGUUGCUGCUAAACGAGGAUCUUCAGGUCUUUUCCGAGAACAACUAGGAAAAACUAGAAUACCAUCAGUAGCAGCAUCAUGUGCUCUCUGCCAACCUUUUAACCCAAAAGCCUGCAUUUCUACCCCCAUUAAGAUCAAGCCGUACGUUCAUGAGGAGGAAAUAGCAUUGGGUCCUGCUUGCUGGCUAUGGGACUACUUAAGAAGAAGUGAAGCUUCGGGAUUUUUGCUUCCUCUUUCUGGUGAAGUGGCUAGCUCCUCUGUAGCUGCUAUAGUUGGCUCCAUGUGCCAGCUUGUUGUCAAAGAGAUUGCAAAUGGGAAUGAACAAGUCAAAGCUGAUGCAAUAAAAAUUGGAUGUUAUUCUGAUGGAAAAUUCCCUACAGACAGCAAAGAAUUUGCUAAGCGCAUAUUUUGCACCGUAUAUAUGGGCUGCGAUAACAGUUCUCAAGACACAAAAAAGCGAGCAAAAGAUUUAGCAGAUAAUAUUGGCUCAUGGCAUCUUGAAGUUCUGAUUGACAGUCUUGUUUCUGCACUCUUAUCAGUCUUUCAAGCACUUACUGGAAAGCGACCACGCAAUAAGGUAGAUGGGGGUUCUGAAGUUGAGAAUCGAGGGUUGCAGAACAUUCAAGAUCGAAUAAGAAUGGUUCUAGCAUAUAUGCUAGCCGCGCUCUUGCCUUGGGUUCAAAGCAAGACAGGGUUUCUUCUUGUUUUGAGUAGCUCUACUGUGGAUGGAGCAUUGACCGGUCAGCUAACUAAGUAUGGCUGUUCUUCAGGAGAUUUAAAUCCAAUAGGAAGCAUAAAUAAGCAGGAUCUCAAGUCGUUUUUACACUGGGCUGCCAAUAAUCUCGGUUACUCAUCCUUGGCAGAAACUGAAGCACCUAUUGAUGAUAAAGAAAAGGAAAUUACAAGUGAAGAAAUCUCAGUUUAUGCAAAAUCAAGAAGAAAUUCUCGUUGUGGGCCGGUUUCAAUGUUUAAGACUCUGUGCCAGAAAUGGAGUUCAACAUUAAGUCCAUCAGAGGUGGCUGAUAAAGUAAAAAACCUCUUCAAGUGCUAUUCAAUUAACAGGCACAAAAUGUCUGUCUUAACACCUUUUUGUCAUGCUGAGAGUUACUCACCUGAUGAUAAUCGGUGCGAUCUUCGCCAGAUUCUGUAUAACACAAGAUGGAGUUAUCAGUUCCGCAAGAUUGAUGAAAUAGUUGAGGAGAUUGAAGCUGAUGUUACCGAAUCAAAUCUGAAAACAACAGCAAAUGGAUCAUACAAAACAUAAAAAUUUGCAGCAGCAGAACAAUAAAGCAAUCGCAAAACAAUAAUUGAUCUGUGUGCAUAUGAAGGAGAUUUUCUGCUGUCUCAGACAUUAGGUCGAACAGAAAGAAUACUCAUUGUCAUUUCCUCUGCUUGCAAUUCAACUCGAAGUUUUAUCAA